UCCACAAAACACGGCAACAAAAACUAAAUGCUGAAGGGCGUCAGUUGACUCUAUCAGCAAAAAUUCUUUGCAACCAUGGAUACCAAGAAGAAUCCAUGGCUCAUGCUUUCUCUUCUCUUCCUCGGCUUAUCUGUCAACAGCCGUAUUUCCCUUGGAGCUGACACCAUCUCUGCCAACCAAUCUCUCUCUGGUGACAAAAGCAUUGUGUCUGCACGUGGGAACUUCGUUCUGGGUUUCUUCAAACCAGGUAACUCUUCUAAAUACUACAUAGGCAUGUGGUACAGUACUAGUAUAGUCUCAACCCAAACCAUUGUUUGGGUCGCAAACAGAGAUAAACCAAUCUCUGAUAAGAGUUCUUCUGUGUUAAGAAUCUCGGAUGGUAAUUUGGUUCUCUUCAAUGAGUCCCAAAUCCCAGUUUGGUACACAAAUUUGACCUCCACCACUUCAUCAAGUCCUGUAGAAGCUGUUCUUCUAGAUGAUGGAAAUCUUGUUCUGAAUGAUGGGUCUAAUUCAUCACAACAUUUAUGGCAAAGUUUUGAUCACCCAGCUCAUACAUGGCUUCCUGGUAGUAAGAUUGGAUUGAACAAAAUUACCAAUGAAAACCAACGCCUCAUUUCUUGGAAGAAUGAGAACGAUCCUGCACCAGGACCCUUCAAUCUUGAUAUACACGGAUAUACCAGUGACUAUUUUAUUCGGUCGAAUAGGUCCAUUCAGUAUUGGACUAGUGGAGCUUCGGAUGGGUCGAUUUUUAGCAUGAUUUCUGAUCUGCAACCCAAUUAUAUCUACAACUUCAGUUAUGUUAACAACACAAAUGAGAGUUAUUUCACCUAUUCUCUUUACGAUCCUUCCAUCAUUUCUCGAUUCGUGAUGGAAGUUUCUGGGCAGAUCCAGCAAAUGACAUGGUUAGAAAAUACCAAUCAGUGGAAUUUGUUUUGGUCUCAACCGAGAUCACAAUGUGAGGUUUAUAGUUUUUGUGGGGCUUUUGGUAGCUGCAACAAAGAAUCAAUGCCUUUUUGUAGCUGCUUGAAAGGUUUUGUUCCUCAGUCGCAGAACGAUUGGAAUUUGUCAGAUUAUGCUGGUGGGUGCAUGAGGAUAACUCCUUUACAGUGUAACAAUACCAAUCUUACUAAUGGGUACGAAGACAGGUUUUUACCAAUUACCAGCAAGGUAUUGCCUGCCCAACCACAAUCUUUUGGGAUUGGAAGUGCUGCAGAAUGUGAAUCCGCCUGCUUGAAUAACUGCUCUUGCACUGCUUAUGCGUAUGCUAAUGCAAGUAAUUAUUGUUCGGUUUGGUUUGGAGAUCUCUUGAAUCUUCAACAACUCUCAGGAGAUGAUCCUAUUGGGAGAACUCUAUAUCUCAAACAUGCAGUUUAUGAUUUCUCAAGUAAAAAGAAUAAUAAGGGGAUGAUUGUUGGUGCUGUUGCCGGCUCAGUUGCAUGGGUAUCAAUUCUGCUAGGCCUUUUUAUAAUCCGUAUGCGAAGAAAGAGAGGUAUUGAAACUGGAAAAGAAGUAGAGGGUUCAUUGGUGGCAUUUGGGUACAGAGACUUGCAAAAUGCGACCAAGAAUUUCUCGGACAAGUUGGGCAGAGGAGGCUUUGGUUCUGUUUUCAAAGGGACGUUAUCUGAUUCAACAGUCAUAGCAGUCAAGAAACUUGAAAGCAUCAGCCAAGGAGAGAAGCAAUUCCGCACAGAAGUCAGUACAAUCGGGACAAUCAACCACGUAAAUCUUGUUAGGCUUCGUGGGUUCUGCUCUGAAGGUUCGAGAAAGUUGCUGGUCUAUGAUUAUAUGCCAAAUGGCUCGUUAGAGUCUUAUCUUUUCCAUGAAAAGUUUUUGGACUGGAAAACAAGAUACCAGAUUGCUAUAGGGACAGCAAAAGGGUUGGAUUAUCUCCAUGAGAAGUGCAGAGAGUGCAUCAUACACUGUGACAUAAAACCAGAAAACAUUCUUCUAGAUGCUUAUUUGUGUCCAAAAGUGGCAGAUUUUGGCCUGGCAAAGCUUGUCGGGCGGGAAUUCAGCCGAGUCCUGACAACCAUGAGAGGCACAAGAGGUUAUCUUGCUCCGGAGUGGCUUUCGGGGGUGGCCAUUACAGCCAAGGCCGAUGUUUACAGCUAUGGAAUGAUGCUUUUCGAAUUUGUCUUGGGAAGGAGAAACUCUGAGCCAUCUGCAGAUGGCAAAACUACAUUCUUCCCAAUUCAGGCUGCAAGCCUCAUCGCUAAAGGGGGCGAUGUACUUAGCCUAUUAGAUCCCAGGUUGGAGGGAAAUGCUGACGUAGAAGAGCUCACAAGAGUUUGUAAAGUUGCUUGUUGGUGCAUUCAAGACGAUGAAACUGACAGGCCAACGAUGGGUCAGAUAGUUCAUAUCCUCGAGGGAGUUUUAGAUGUGAACCUGGCCCCAAUUCCAAAAUCUCUCCAAGUGUUUGCUGACGAUCAGGAGCAAAUAGUUUUCUUCACCGAGUCCUUCUAAUGCCAAAGUUCACAGGCACGGAGCAACGCUUCAACUGCUUCCUAUCAGUCGAAGAGUCCCGUGUCAUUUUAUGACAUCUUGAGCUGUUAUAUGUUUGGUAACGAAUGACAUCUUGAGCUGUUAUAUCUUGAGAGCAAUCAAAGGAUGACAUCUUGAGCUGUUAUAUGUUUGGUAACGAAGGCAUUUUCUCAUUUUUGUUCUUUUAAAUUUAUGUCCUAAUAAUAACUGUUACAUAUGGCUUAUAUUCUUCUGGAAGGAGUGUUUGUGUAUUCCAUAUGGAAGCAUUGCUUCAAAAUCUCAAAUAAUGCAAUUAGCUAUAUCAUUUUAGUUAAACUAACGUGACCACAUCAAUCAAGUCAAGAGUAACUUGAUGGGGUUAAGGUUUAGUUUGAAUUAGGAUGUACCUAAAUGUGU